AUGGCGUCAGCAGAAAGAAAUCCUAUUAUGAGGUUGAAGGAGUAUGCUGGCCAAGCCAAGGCCGGCUCACUUGAAUGGCUUUACACAAAAGGUACCAGUCGCUGCAGUAAUGAACACGAUAGGAGGAAUACUUAUGAAUACGAACAUCCUUAA